UGUCUCCACGAGUUCAGUCUCUGAUUCCUUCGCGCCAAGGAAACAACAAAUAAGUCGUCCCUCCCCUGUCUCAAUCCGAUGAGUUCGUCGGCACAUUUCGAACGCAAGCUCUUCUCGUCUCUCCUCCAUUCGUUGCUGAGCAAACGUCCAAAACCUUAGCCUCAAGAUCAAUGGCGCCUGCUAGCCAUAAAUCUCUCUUCCGACUUGUUAGCUUAUCGCAGGCAGCAGCUCCACCAGAAUUUGAUUGCUUCUCCGAUGGCCGGCGGCGGCAAAGAUUCCAACGCGCAGCUCCUCCACGAGCUGGACGCGCUCACCCACACCAUGUACCAGUCCCACACCGCCCGCCGCACCGCCUCACUAGUUCUUCCCCGCGGCGGUGCCGGAGGCACCACCAGCACCGGAGAUGCUGUCACGGCUCCUGCACCCUCCGAGCCUCGGCCUCGGUCCCGCCGCAUGUCCAUGUCCCCCUGGCGCUCUCGCCCCAAGUCGCAGAACGAGGCAGAACAUGGGGACGCGGACGACCGCCGUCCGCCGGCGAAGCAGCAAAGUCUGCCUUCGGCGACGGAGGCUGCGGAUAAGAAGGGGAUAUGGGGAUGGAAGCCGAUGCGCGCGCUGUCCCACAUCGGAAUGCAGCGACUGAGUUGCCUUUUCUCCGUGGAGGUGGUGGCGAUCCAGGGCCUGCCGGCGUCCAUGAACGGCCUCCGCCUAUUGGUCUCCGUCCGCAAGAAGGAGACCAAGGAUGGCGCGUUGCAGACGAUGCCAUCGCGGGUGCUGCAGGGGGCCGCCGACUUCGAGGAGACGCUCUUCGUCCGCUGCCACGUGUACUGCUCUGGGAGGCCGCUCAAGUUCGAACCACGGCCGUUUUUAAUCUUCGCGAUGGCGAUCGACGCACCCGAGCUCGACUUCGGGCGGAGCACGGUAGACCUAAGCCAGAUGGUGAAGGAGUCCAUGGAGAAGAGCUUCGAAGGGGCGCGGGUGCGGCAGUGGAACUCGAGCUUGCCUCUCGCCGGAAAGGCCAAGGGAGGCGAGAUCGUCGUCAAGUUGAGCUUCCAGAUUAUGGAGGACGGCGGCGUCGGGCUAUACAAGCAACCGGAGAGCGGUGGUGGCCGGAGCAAGGGCAAGGAGUCUUCCUUCUCCUUCGCUCGCAAGAAGACCAAGUCCUCCUUCAGCAUUUCGAGCCCAAAGAUCACGAGGUCGGACUUGGAGAGACCUCUGACACUGACGGAGUCUUCAGCCGUUGAUCCAAACGAGAUCGAAGAGUUCAGCCUCGAUGACCCCGCGCCGCAGGCCCCGCCACCGGCGGCGCCGCAGGCCCCGCCUCAAAAUCCCGACGACCUCGACCUCCCGGAUUUUGAAGUCGUAGAUAAAGGAAUCGAGAUACAGGGAGAGAAAGAAAAGCGGAAUGAAAAGGAAGAGGAGGAAGAAGCCGAGUCCGUGGAGGUGGCGUCGGCUGCGUCGAGCGAAGUGGUCAAAGAGGUGGUGGUGCACGACAGCGCUCACCUCAACCGCCUCACUGAGCUUGACGCCAUCGCUCAGCAGAUCAAAGCUCUCGAGUCAUUGAUGAUUAAAGACGAGAUCAACCCCUCGAAGGAGGAGCAAGAAGGUGAGUCCCAGCCACUGGAUGCGGAGGAAGACGCGGUGACGAGAGAAUUCCUUCAAUUGCUCGAGCUCGAGGACGAGGAGGACCUAGCACUCAAUCUGUUCGAUAAAAUUCCUCAACCAGAAACAGAUCUAGGAAAGGGCAACGACGCCGGCGAUAAGGGCGUCUACGUCUCAGACCUCGGAAAAGGUUUGGGUUCCGUGGUGCAGACGCGGGACGGCGGGUAUUUGGCCGCCACCAAUCCGUUCGACGCGCCGGUGGCGAGAAAGGAGACACCGAAGCUGGCAAUGCAGAUCUCCAAGCCGUUCAUCCUCGGUGAUCAGAAUCUCACCAGUGGAUUCGAUCUGUUUCAAAAGCUGGCUUCGAUCGGUGUAGAGGAACUCGGCGCAAAGUUGCAGUCUUUGACGUCGAUGGACGAGCUGAUGGGGAAGACGGCGGAGCAGAUCGCGUUCGAGGGCAUGGCGUCGUCGAUCAUCAGCGGGAGGAGCAAGGAGGGGGCGAGCUCCAGCGCGGCCAAGACCGUGGCGUUGCUGAAGACGAUGGCGGCAGCGCUGGGCGAUGGCCGCAAAGAGAGGAUCUUGACGGGGAUUUGGAAUGCGAGGGAAGAGCCGGUGGCUGCGGAGGAGAUUCUGGCCUUCGCGUUGCAGAAGAUCGAGGCGAUGGCUGUGGAAGCCCUAAAAAUCCAGGCCGGGAUGGCGGAGGAGGAAGCCCCUUUCGAGGUCUCCGCUGUCCUCCCGAACAAAGCGGAGAAACACCCGUUGGACUCGGCGAUUCCGCCGGAAGGGUGGGAAUCGACUCUCGCCGGAGCGAAGUCGGUGACGAUGCUAGUGGUGGUGCAGCUGAGGGAUCCGCUGCGGCGGUACGAGACAGUGGGGGCUCCGGCGAUCGCAGUGAUCCAGGCGUCAAAGUUGGAAGCAGGAGGAAGGGACGAGGAGGAGGAGGAGGCAAAAUAUAAGGUGGGGAGUUUGCACGUGGGAGGGAUGCGGAUGAGGACAGGGGGAGGAGCGCGGCGGAGCGGGUGGGACGGGGAGAGGCAGAGACUGACGGCGAGGCAGUGGCUGGUGGCGUACGGACUGGGAAAGGCGGGGAAGAAGAAGGCGGCGUCGGCAGCGCCGGGGAAGGAGGCAGUGUGGAGCUUGUCGUCGAGGAUAAUGGCCGACAUGUGGCUGAAGCCGAUGAGGAAUCCGGACGUGAAGAUUCCCGAUCAAUAAAAGGAAUAUUCCGUGUAUCCUUCAUUACUACGGCUUGAAAAUGUAAGCAGCUGUAAGAAAUCAUCGUUUUGUCAAAAAGGGCAACAGCUUGAAAAAUAUUUCCAUGUUAAAAAGAAAAACACAAUAAAAUAAAAUAGAAAGAUAUCAUAAAGUUAACAUGUCUA